UUUACUUCGUAGAUUACGCAGGCCUCGACAGCCGUUGGUGUACAACUGAAUGCGUAUAACAAAUAAGAAAGAAAUCGAAGGGAAAAAUGAGGAAAUUUGGAACUUUCUAAUGAGAAGUACAAAUUCGUUCCAGUGCUAAUAGGCCAACAUGAGUACAAGGUCUCGGAGGGCACAGACAGGAAGUACCCUGGCCGCACCUACCACAAGGCCAACAGUGAAGACAAGGCGACGUGGGGCCUCAUCGUCUGUAGAGGAUGUUGAGAAGGAGAGUGUUGCCGGGAGACAGGAAGUUCCAGAGAGAGCAGCAGACACCUCUGGACCGUCUGCAGCAAAACGGCAGAAAACUGAGGACAUAGAAACUACAAAACAGCCCACAAUUAAACAUGGUAAACUCACUAGACAAGAUGGUACAGAUACUCCUGAGAAAGACAGUGAUGAUCCUACACCAAAGUCUACUCCAUCCAGCAGUCGGCCAGCAUCCAGUCUGAGCUUAAGUGCGACACAGUCAAGUUCGGCGACCCCGACACCUACACCCCCUUUGCCAACAAGCAUACACAGAGCAAUGUCAUUAGACAGUGCUGAGCAAGUGGCCGACACCGUGCUAAUGAAAUCGCCAAAUGACGAUGAUAUAAUGAGAAAUAUCGCGAAACCACCUAAAAAACGGAAAGCACCUGACGAAAUUGAUACAGAUACAUCAAGUUUGUUUCCGCCAAACAAACAGCCACUUAUUGACCUUCAGCAGUGGAUAAAUCAGCGUGUGCUUGCGAGAAGAGAACUGAUAUUUCAGUCAGGAAUUAUAAAGAAUAUAUUUCAUAACCAACGUAUUGGUGUUCAGUUCGAAGGGGAUAAAGACUUAACAUAUUUUUCUGUAUUUGACACAAAAACUUGUAACAUUGUUGGAGAUAACCCUCCGCCUGCAGUAAUGAUCUCAGUUGGUUGUCGCGUUUGUGUUCGUACAAAUCAAGAACAACAAGUUUUCUACGAGGGUCAAGUCGUAGAGAAGAAAGUUCAGCAGCCAGUACUAUAUAGAGUGCGCUUGAUUCAUGGUGCACAUAUAGCCAUGUUUGGGCAAGAGGUAUGGAUGCCUCGUGCAAAUAUAAGACUUCUGCAGCCGCCAUGGCAUGAUGAUCUUGAGGAGGGCUUUCCAGAACAACCGACUCCCCCACCAAUCACCCCGACGGCUACCCAACCUACAUAUCAGUAUCAGAUAAUUCCACAGCCAAUGGCCCACCCUCACCAGCCAACACACCUUACCCAACCCCAUACUCCCAUGAUGCCUCAUCAACCACCGUUACCUGGGCAACCAUCCCAUCAUGCCCACUUCAUGGACCACUCACAAAGAUAUGUUGAACAUUCCCCGUCUAUUGCCCAAAGUGCCAGUUUUGAAAGAGAAUCUUCUGACGAUGAGAUGAGAAGUGAGGAAGUGUAUUUUGAUUCAUCAGGUCUAAGUACUCCAAGGUCGGGCAGUGCAACACCGGGGUCAAGGUGCAGUCACAGUCUGAGUGAUGGGAAGAAUAGGCAUCCACUCAAAAAACGUGACAUGUCAAGAAGUAGAAGUGCUCAGUCGUGCGAGAGCAGUCGGUCUAGUACACCCCGCUCUCCUACGACCAACCAGAAAUACAAAAAAGGUGAUGUUGUUUCAACUCCAAACGGAAUACGGAAAAAAUUCAAUGGUAAACAAUGGAGAAGAUUGUGUUCAAAAGAUGGUUGUACAAAAGAAUCUCAGCGUAGAGGAUACUGCUCCAGACAUCUGUCUUCAUCUGGAAAAGUUCUUAGAUCUGCACCAGCAAUUCCAGGAAUGAGAAAAGGUGAUAUGAAGGAUGGACAUAUUGAAUGGGCAGACGCACACAGUUCCCGCGAUACUGACUAUGACCCAAGUAGUCAUGGAAUGGACGAAACUGAAGCAGCAAACAUGUUGGUGUCUUUAGGAAACUCAAGGUCAACAACACCAGCAUUUUCCCCAACGCCUUCAUCAGUGAGCAGUCUGUCGCCACGGAAACGGCAUCCUUCAUCACCUCAGAGUGGAGCAGGACUUAGAGGGAUGUCGGCAGCAUUCACCCCAAUUUCACCUCACCCACAGAAUCCUAAUCACAGUUACAUGCCUUCGCCUACACGCAGCUGGAGUUCGGGAAACUCAAACAAAUCAGGGAGCUCCUCAUCUGAGCAUAUUUCACCUAUCACACCAAGAUUUCCACAAGGGGGUACAAACUCAGCUUUCCAGCAUCCAUCUAUGAUAGAUCGGGCUCGUGCUCCGAGUCUUGGGCUUAUCAGCAAAGAGCACAUGAAAAGUAAUGACUCCGGAAUUGAUAUCAAUACCCCGAAAGCUCUCAAGACAGUGCCAUCGUCACCUUCCCCACAAAGUCAUUUUCAGAAUACACAGAAUCUGUAUGCAUCUACGCUGCAGCAACACCUGGCUGCACAGUCACAUCAAAUAAGAGGGGGCAGUCUUUCAUCAAAUAUUGAUGGUCCGCAGCCAGUGGACGUCAAGCCCCGUGCCAGUACACAAAGUCUGUCAGACUGGCAGUCAGGAAGAACUAUCACAAUUGAUGCACAGUUGAUACCAGUUGCUUUUAUGCCUCAAAAUGGAAUGAAGGAAGCAGCGCCAUCUAGUGUUGGACAAGAAAUGGGGUUUCCCUCUCACCAACAGAGAGCUGGCGAAGAAAUAAAACAGCUGACUGCAGCAACAACACUGUUACCUGUGAUGUCAGAGCAAAUUGAACAGAAACGAGAAGAGACCGUUCAAGAAGCUGAAACUCCAAAAGAGCCGAAGCAGCUUCGAGUUUAUCAGUGGCAUUCUCUGGUUCCCUAUUUUACAAACACAAAGCCACCAGCAAACAUGGAACCAGCCACUAUGGCAGUGGAAACAAAAGCAGCCAAGAAGGUUGUGACCCUACCCCCUAAACGCCCAGUUGCAAUACACCAGAGUAUCUCCGACAACAUUCCAAAAGAUGAUGAUGAUGACUUGCCGGAUGCAGAUUAUGAUGAUGAUGAUGUUUUUGAUACAAAAGAUGAACAGCCAGAAACAGCCAAGAAAAUAGUUUCGGCAAAACGUAGAUCUCAGUCACUAAGUGCUCUCAAAGACAAAGAUGAAAGAAGUCCUAGAAAGGGAAAAGACAAGGACCAUAUCCGCAGACCAAUGAAUGCCUUCAUGAUAUUCAGCAAGCGUCAUAGACCACUGGUGCACCAGAAACAUCCGAACCAGGAUAACCGGACAGUUUCAAAGAUUCUUGGGGAGUGGUGGUAUGCCCUUGGGGCCAAAGAGAAACAGAAGUACCAUGAAUUGGCUCACCAGGCACACUUUAAGGCUCAUCCAGAGUGGAAGUGGUGUUCUAGAGAUAGAAAAAGGUCAAGUACAAUAGCAGCUACUUUGAAGCAACGAUCCAAUAGCCAGAGACUUGGCUCCACAGAUUUAGCAGACGAUGAAGGUGUAGAUCCUGGUGUGGCAUUUGAUGAUGAUGCUUUUGAACCAGAACCUGAGCCAAAAUCGGGAUUAAGUCUGUUUGAGCUGCAGCGUGGACGUUCACAAAGUCUGUCGGCCUUCCCGCCACGUGAAGAUGAGAGCCAAGGUUUUCAGUCGUAUAAUAAACAGGAAGAAGCUCAGGAUAGGCGCAAUGCCGAGAGCAGGUUCUCCGGCAAUAGUGUCUCCCAAGGAAUGGUUGCCAUGACAACAAGCCAGCAGAGAAAAGAUGGUGACAAUGACAGUAGUGAUGAAGAAAAAAUGGUUAUUUGUGAAACAGAAAGAGCUCAAGAUAUUGCAGACAAAGAGAAGGGAUCAGAUGCAGACGGCAUUGACCUAAAUUGUCGGGAACAUGUUAGUGACAGUGAAACAGACAGUACGCCAGAAGAUGACAUUAUCGAGAACAAGGCAUUUCCACAGCAACGAUUUUCACCAGUAAUGAAACACAUCAAUUCAUCUGACAUAACAUAUCGUCCAAAACCAAUAAAACGUAUCCCAGAUUCGGGAAAACCUGGUCCAAACAGCCCAGUUGGUGUUUCACCGGGUCAUCAAAGUUUUGCCGAUAGGCAGAUACCAAGGCCUUCUAGCAACGGUUCAAACUUCCAGCCGACUGGGGCAGUUUUUAAAGCGAAGGGGAAACAGUCUCGCUACUUGUCAACUGGAAGUGUGCAAGAUCUGAGAUCAAGUUUAUUUGAUCACAUGCCAAGUAAUCUCCGUGGGGAAAGUGUAUCCUCAACAAGAGGAAUACAUCAGCAGCAGAUGAAAAUCCACAAUAUCACCAUGGCAACAGGAAGUGAACAAAAAAUUAUAAUGAGUUCAAAUAUGGAAACUACUCUGGGUAAUCAAAAUGGCCGAGGUGGUCCAAUUAUUGGGAAAUUUUCUCAACGUGGCCCAAUCAAACAGCAACAGCCUCAAAGACAGAUGACGCCAGUAUCGACUACUCCGUCAAUACUGCAGCAGACGUUACAGACUGGUGCGCAGAACAGUCGGCCAGUCACUACAACAUCUAUACAUAUUGUUCCUUCACCACAACAGGCAAUGCUGAAUCAGCAAUAUGCCAUCAAGAAUACUGUAAUACCGACAUUUACAACAAUGGGGAAACCAAUUUCAGCUUCUGUCCCCUCAGUUUCAUUACAGCAAAAUCCAGUUAACGGGACUUUUAACGCUUCGAUAGCAGCCGCUAAUGUACAGCCCCAGACAAUUCUGCCAAAUGCCUCUUCAGCUGGUCUGAAGAAUAUGGGCGGAACUAUAGUUCUUCAAGGAAUACCUGCCACUCAGUAUGGCAUGAUUAUUGGAUCACAAGCUAUGGCAUCGCCAACGGUUACCAAACCACCAACACUGUCAGUAGCAGGUUCUACACAGUACAUCGGUAACUCACUACAGAACUAUGUGCCUUCUCUGUCAGCAGCACAAAACCAAGGUCAGGCCACACCUACACAGACAAUGGCACCACCCACUGUCCUAACUAACUUUAUCAUCAAACCAGGUCAAGGGGGUCAAACAAUCCAGCCAGCUCUGAAUUCACCAUCACCGGGACAACCAGUUACACCAAAUUUUAACCAGCAUGUCCAGCCUACACAUGUACAGUAUAUUCUACCCUCUAUUCGGAUGCAGGCACCUCAGCCUGGUGGUAAAGUCCAGAAUCAUGUCAUCCAGAUGGCAUUGCCUGGUACCCACCUACCACAGGGCAGUAUUCAGCUGACGUUUGCUGGGAACCAGAACAAUGCACAGGCUCAGUCCAUGCAGCAAGUGCAACAGGUUAAAGUGUCACCACAGCAGGUCCAGGCCGGAAAAAUCCAGAUUACGCCUGGAUUCAAGGUCGUUCCUAGUCCAGUGAAACAACAUCCGUCGCCGGCAGCCUCACCCCAGUUGAACACUGCACCUCAGACAAUACAGGUGAUCAGUCAGAAUGUUGGAAACAAACAGCAGACUGUGACACAGUACGUAGCUGUUACUCAGUCUCCAGGGGUCCUGGCUUCACCUCAACAGGUACAGAUCCAGUCUGCACAAGUCAAUCAACCUGUCGUAUCUAGGCAACAACAGAAUCAUCAACAGUUACAGAAUUCGUUACAGCAACAACUACAGACAAUUCAGCCACUUCAGGCACUAAAUACACAGCAACCCCUGAUACAACAAGCAUUGCAGCAGCCGGUCCAGCAGCCAACCUUGCAGCAAGCUUUGCAGGCUCCGGUUCAGUACCAGCAGACCCAGGUACAAGUCAACCAGCAACAGCAGCAGCAACAACAACAACAACAACAGCGGGUGAUACUCCCAUCAACACAGAAGUUAGCAUUUGUGCAACCUGCCAACAGUAUAGCUGCAUCAUCAGUGGCAUCCCCAGGGGUGAAGGUUGUAUCGUCAGCAGCGUCACCAGCAUAUAUACAGUAUGUGGGAUCGGUACAAGGACAACAAGGGACUGUACAGCAGGUUCUGAUUCAGCCCCAGAAUGUUCAGAGACCGCCCUCAGCUGGUAAUGUUUCAAUGGCAUCGUCACAACCCUGUACACAACCAACAAUAGCGCCUAAACCUACCCCAGUGCUAAGUAAAACGGGAACUCCACCGGAAAGCCAGAGUCCAAUGUUUUACCAAGGUGUUAUGAACCUAAAGAAUCAAAGUUACGUAACAAUGGCAUCAGAAAUGAAGGGGGAGAUUGGUUACAUAACGAGUUCAAAUCUUCAGCCCAAACCGCAGAAGGUGAAGGCUACUAUUGCAAACAUACCAGUAGGCACAGAGAGCCUCCAGAAAUUCAACACACUUCCUGCUCAAAAACAGUAUGGUAGUGCUUCAACACCCAAAGGUUUCCCUAUGUCACCAAACUUGUCGUCUGCUCUUGCAUCCCCAUCGGGGAUCUUGUCUCCUUCGAGGUCCUCCCCAUCCCAGUCUGUGAGAGAUCAAGUGUUGGAUCACAGACCUCAAAGGCCGUCCCCUCUGGUGCUGUCUCCUUCACCAGUGAAUAAGCCAGCGGAGAGUUCAGAAGGUCAAAAAGGUCAAGAGGUACAAAAUCAAGAGGUCCCAGAAGUGGAUGCUAAUGGAAAACCUCAGAGGCCGGGGAAAGGGAAGAGAUAUAAAGAUUUCAUAGCAGAAAAUGGCAUAAAACCAUUUAAAAAGGAUAGAAAGGUCUACAGUAGCAAAUCUGGUAACCAGGAAGCUUCCAUGUCUGAUGACAGGAACCAGCAGGUGUCACAUGACCAGCCUUCAACCUCUGCAGUGACCCAGAUCACAGUGACUGGUCCUGAAGAAUCCGAGUCACAGAGCAGCUCAAUACAAAUGCUGUCACCACCGCCAUCUGCUGGCGAGAAAGUCAAACGUAAGCCACCACCUUUACCAAGCCCAUCAACACUGAAUGUCCCGUCGCCCAUGCCUUCUCCUGGGCUCAGUAGCCCAAGAAAAACAAUCUUCAAAAAGAAUAUCGAUGAUGGAAUGGACAAGGUAUUGGAGCGUGUGAACUUUGGCCAGCGGUUUGAGCAGCUGCCACAGUUUAACCCCGAAACAUCUGAAGUUGGUACCCCGCUACCACAGAGUCCAAGGGGAAUUAUUGUCAGCUACAAAAAGCGCCGAAAAAUGUCUUCUUUAGCCAAGCCAGACAAUAAUGACAGUUCAGAUCAUACAUCAGACACCCCGCAGACGCCCCACACCCCGUCACUACCCCAUACACCACUGGCUUCACUCCCUCAUACACCCAAGACUCCAAGAAGUGCUCGAUUUGAUGAUGGUCAGUUCUUCGGCAAAGACUUUAGCUUGGAUACUCUGGCAGAUGCUGCCAUAUCAAGACCAAGUUUAGAUCCAUUUGCUGAAGGAGACAUACAUUCUCCCAUGACACCAAAAACACCGAGCUCCCCUGGGCAAUUUUCAUCUUUACGUAGAAUCUUGGACCAAAGACGGAACCUUGUCAUGCAGCUGUUUGAAGAAAAUGGCCUUUUCCCUUCAGCUCAAGCAACAGCAACGUUCCAAGCCAGGUACCAGGACAUUUUUCCAACAAAGACAUGUCUGCAACUGAAAAUACGGGAAGUCAGGCAGAAGAUGAUGGCCCAGUCUGCUGCACAUGAAGCAGCUACACUAGGUGGCACUGGAGAAGCGGGAGAUAACUCUUCACACUCUACUGGUGAUUCAGAGUCCCAGUCUGGUAACCAGGAGGAAUCAGCAGACCAGUCUUGAAAUCUCAAAUACAGAAUUUUAAGCCAGUCUAGUGCUACAUGGAAAUAUACUAGCCAUAUAUUUGGAAGUAAAACUUGCUUAAAUAACAAGAAUAAAGCAGAACAGUGGACCAGUCAUGAAAUUUAAAGUAUGAAUUUUUGUGAACCAGUGAACUAUUACAGUGGAGAAUACUAACUUUAAAUUUUUUACCUGCUAAAUGUACAGAAAAUAAAGAGGAAUCAGUGGACUAGUCAUAAAAUCCAAAACAUGAAAUUGUGAACCAGUCUGGUGCUAUAGUUACAUGGUACUAGAUAUGAAUGUAGAAAGUCAUGUCUGCAAACUAUACAUUGUAGAAGUUGAAAGGAUAAAUAAGAAAUAGAUAACAAGUCUUGAAACCCAGGUCUUAUGGCAUACUAUUAAGCAUCGGUUUUUCAGUUUGGUCUAUUUGCUUUUUUUUUUUAGAGUGCUAAGUAUAAGCUUAAGAAGAUGGGAAACAAAGAAUGACGUAAAUUUAGUUAGAAUUUCACAAAAUGUAUGUGUACGUUGGAUAUGAUAAAUUGCCAUUUAAGAACAUUUUUCAUUGGUGCCUCAGAAUUGAAUGUUUAAUGUAUUUUUGUUGAAUGUAUUUGUUAUAUAAGGUCUGUGUUUACAAAGAAAGACAACAAAUUCUUGAGUUUUACUAUUUGUUUCAUAAUUGUUUUUUCUGUGGCAAAGUUUCGGUCUGUAUUAUUGAUACUGUAUGAGCUAUAAUAUUAUGCUAUCACAUUUUUGAUAAUGCUUCAGUAUUGAAAAGCUGUCUCUUUGACAUUACAUAUAUAACUGUGCUUUUUGUUCAAAGGCUUGGGUGCUUGUGAACUGAUUUAAUAAGACAAAUUUACAGACUGCCUACAAACACAUUAAUAACCAGCUUUAAUGUUUAACUGCUUUUUGUGACAGACAACUUGUAUUAAAAGCUCCUGAUUCAGGCAUAAAAACGAGGUCUGCACUUUUACAGGGCUGGUCCUGAAGUGAGGCUUAUGAAUCGGUGAUCUUUUUAGUAAAAGGACGGGUCCAGUAUUCUGUAUACAGUUGUGGUAAUAGUGAUUGAAAUGGCAACUAAAUUUACUGUUGUUAUCCUUCUGAUUUGUAGGUUUUCAGUUUGCAUAAGUUAGUAUUGGUUAUACAGUUGAACUUUGUUCACUCCAAAUCGCCGGAACAGGUCAAAUUUGUUUGAGUUAUUGGCAACAAGUAAACAAAGUUCAACAGUAUAUAAAUGUGUGUCUAAUCAAUUUAUAGUUUCACUAGCUGUUUUUGACAAAGGAAGUACGCUAUGCUUUAGUCUGAAUAAAAUGAAUCGGAUUUUUGAUGAAGGAUGGAAUUCCGUAACUAUGUGCUAUAAAAGUUGCAGGUAUCCUCUCUCUCUUCAAUUUUUUAGCUCACCUGUCACAAAGUGACAAGGUGAGCUUUUGUGAUCGUGCGGUGUCCGUCGUGCGUCCGUCCGUCCGUCCGUAAACUUUUGCUUGUGACCACUCUAGAGGUCACAUUUUUCAUGGGAUCUUUAUGAAAGUUGGUCAGAAUGUUCAUCUUGAUGAUAUCUAGGUCAAGUUCGAAACUGGGUCACGUGCCAUCAAAAACUAGGUCAGUAGGUCUAAAAAUAGAAAAUCCUUGUGACCUCUCUAGAGGCCAUAUAUUUCACAAGAUC